AUGCUGAACGUUAUUGCGAUCGCAAUGAUUUCUCCAGCUAUACUGACCAUGUCUCGGUCAAGAUCGAGGUCAAGCCUCGGAAGCGACAACCAUGAUCGCCUCGAACCCCGAUUGCUGCGCGCAGCGGAGAACAAUGACACCAACGACUUGAAGCAAGUCCUCGACGCGGCUCGCGCCAAUGGACAGUUCAGUCCCACUUUUCUGGGCAUCGGGCUCACGAGGAGCUCCGAACGGGGCUGCAUUGAAGCCAGUCACUAUCUACUGCGUGAGGGCGCCAGCGUUGAUGUCGCCGGCAAUCGCGUCUCGCCUCUUUUUCGGGCUGUUGAGCGCAACCAUGUCAGGAUCGUGCAGCUCCUGCUGGACUAUGGCGCAUGCCCCGAGACCAGAGAUAAGGAAGGCCGGACCGCCCUCAUGAUGGCCGCCUGGAAGAAUCAUUGGCAUGUUCUUCAACUGCUUAUCUCCCGGGGUGCGGACGUCAAUGCGCGAGAUAACAAGAAGCGAAAUGUCCUGCACAAUCUGGCGGCGGACAAACAAUGCGACUGGGGUGACGAUGUGGUCGAUCUCCUCUUGAAGACGAAUUGCGCCAUAGAGGCCAAGGACGAACUCGGUCGCACGCCGCUUCACUGGGCUUGCGCGACAGGCAAGAUCCAUUUCGCGGAAUUGCUUCUCAAUCGGCCCCAGGGACCCAAGGCGUUCAUCAAUGCAGUCGAAUGCCGAAACAAGACGGCCCUACACAUUGCAACUGCGCAUGACCGAGAGGACGUUGUGGAACUGCUCUUGAAGUAUAAUGCAGAUGUCAAUGCAAAGAGUGACGGCGGAUGGACCCCCCUUCACAAUGCCUGCGACAAGGGAUGCGAGAAGAUCGUCCGCAUCCUCUUGAAGGCGGGUGCCGAAAUCAAUAGCCAGCUACUCAACGGCAUCACCCCUCUCCACCUUGCUGCCCAAGCUGGCCAUCUAGAGGUGGUCAAGUGUCUCCUGGAGAGACCAGAUUUGAAAACCAGGACACGCGACAGUUUCGGGAGCACGCCCUUCCUACGCGCAGCGCGAUUCAAGAGGAAAGAUAUCGUGCAGCUUUUGGCUCCAUUCAACCACGUCGAAGCACUGUCCGAAGAUGCCACUGAUGCCUGCAAGGCGUUUGAUGCAACAAUCGUCGACUUUGGAAAUUUCCGCAAUGAGAACCGGGUCCAGAAGGUUACUGUGUUCGACCUCCUCUACAAGAGAGACCAAAAGAAUCCUAACAAACCAGCUGUCACCACUCUUCCAGACAAUGUCAAGGCAACCAAUUUUCGGUGGAUCCAUUUGCCCGCCAACAAUAUGGCCUGGGUGGAAGCUCUCUUGACAAAAUACUUUAUCGAAGAAGGAGCGAGUGACGUGGAAGGCUUCAAAGGUCUGGAGAAAUCCUUCAAUCAACAGCAUCGCGGCCAGCGCAUACAUUCCCAGUUCAUGAGGCCUCUCUGCCAGAGCACUCCACGAGCGCCUCGCACCCGGGAUGACGAAGAGCCGGAACAGACGACCGAAAAUUCUGUCCCUCAGGUGGUCAUCAAUGGGCAAGCGGGGUCCGACAAAGCUUCCGAAACUCCCGUAAAGAAGCACAAGACUUCCGGAAGUAAAUCCAACAAGGAGGUCCCGUCCCAGGAUGAGGACAGCGCCUCAGGGAAGAAAGCAAAGGGCAAUGUGAGACGCAGUAAGACCGCUAAUGACACGCCAAAGUCCGACUCCAAAAACAAAUCAAGUCCGGCGUCUGCUGUUGAAAAACGUAGUCGUUCGUCCGGGGCCUCUUGCAAAGACCCUCCGUCCAACAUUUGUGUCUUUAUGCCUUAUCUGCAUUUUGAAACAGCCGAGGGCCGUCGAAAAAUGCAGGAAGCAAUACGUCGAGCAGAGACCUUUCAAUGGCGUUCGGGUUCGUCAAGACCUCCCUCACGGGAUGAGUUGCUGAUCCGAGCUCAUCUUAUGUCUUCAACGACGUCUCUGCACAUCCGCAGGACUCUGGAUGAAUUCUUCUAUCCAAACAUCGACACCGAGAUGCGUGAUCAAGAUCAGGUAGUAUACCGUUACCAGACUCGAUGGCAAGACCACAAUAGACCCUGGAAGGAACCGAAAAUCUUCAUGGUGGAUCAGCUAUGGAUGUGGAUCUUGGGCAAAAAUCUCAUUGUAACCAGCUUCCCACAGCGCUGGGAACAGCCUAAGAAUGACCCCCUCAACGUGCUUGACGGGAUCAUCGAAGAUAUCAACUCGAAGACGCGAGAUCCAGUGCGUUCGGUCUAUGAGCUGGCAACCAUCAUUAGCGGUCGAUGCUCCGGGUUUUUUGACCGCCAUAGGAUGGGCGAUGCGGAAUAUCAGUUUCUAGACAUGUUUGAAGCAUCUGUUGGCAUCGCAACUGAUCGUGAGACGGUGCUCUUUAAUGAAUUCAACAUUGCUUCCGCUCAAGCCUCGGAGUGGCUGAAACACCACCGACAAUCCAGCCGCUUCUCUCUGAAUCUGGAGUCAAUGUCAAGGGAUCGAAGAGAUAGCCAGACAGAGGAUAAUUGCAUGGAUGAGACAUGGGAUGCGGAAGAAGAGUGGGGUGAACAGCCUCUGUUCGUCGACAAGCUUCUCGACAUCGGGCAAGAAACAGAUCUUCUCGCAGAGGCCAAAGACAUUCGCGACGAGCUCAACAUGAUCCGGACAGUUCUUGAGUAUCAGAAGCAGGUGCUCUUCGAUUUGCAAGAGGCUAUCUGUGACAUCUACCUAGAAGAGCAUCGGUCUCAGCAGGAGAUCAAAAAGCGGUUCCGAGAGCAACAGAGGAUUAUCGACAUGCAUGUCAAGGACGUAGAUCGGAUGGAUAAACAGACGGAAAGGAUCUAUGACUCCAUCACCGACUUGCUCGAUCUCAAGCAGAAACACGCCAAUGCGUUCGAGGCCCGGUUUGCGCGCGACCAAGCGGCGGGGACAACACGCCAGAGCAGAACGAUCAUGGUGUUUACCAUCGUGACGGUCAUCUUCCUACCGCUGUCCUUCAUUGCGUCAUUCUUUGCCAUCAACGUCCAGGAGUUUCCUCACGCCGAUGGCAAUCCCAACCUCCCGCUGUCCUAUGUAUUGAAGUAUAUUUUCGGGAUUGGCUUUGCUAUUUCUAUCCCAUUGAUUAUGCUUGCUCUUUCGGUCGACGAUAUCAGAUACGGCAGCCGCAAAGCGUAUCGACGUCUUCGUGGAUGGAUUCUAUGGGAUCGAAGACGUAGGCCUUCGACUGCCGGCAGGUCAGAUAUCACGUCUCGUGCCUUUGAGAUUCGGACGAUCCUGAGUGCGGCCAGAAGUAGGAGAAGUGUGGUCUCCGAAUUUUCCGGUAGUUUGUUGCCGGUGGCUACGCGAGGGACCGCUAGGAGCCAGAGUCACCGACCUAUGACGAACGGCACGGCCGAGAGGGGGACAUGUCUUGACGAAUGUGAAGAGACGAAGGAAUGA